AUGGCGUCCACAGAGCCCUUUAUGCCUGCCGAAGUCGAGCCAGAAGUCGAACGCGCGAGGAGGAGGUCUUUGGAACCGCAGGAGCUGCCCGUGGAUGAUAUGUCUGCUUCGUUCAUGUCACGGAGGAGCGCAGGUUCUGUCCCGGCUCGAAAAACCAACAUUAUGAACGUUGCGCGAAGGACUCUAGGUUUGACCUGUCUAUUGGUCACAGUCUUUCUGUGGACAGCGUCGAAUUUCCUUGCCAGUUAUAUCUUCUCCGAUCAUACAUACGACAAACCCUUUUUCGUCGUCUACAUCAAUACUUCCAUGUUUGCUCUUUCGAUGAUACCCAUUUCGCUUAGAUAUGUACACCAAAACGGGGGCCUGGGACAGGCGCAGGAGAUGCUCAGACAGGCGUGGAAGGAAAAGUCCCUGCGGCCGCUGAGCGCUGAAAGAUAUAAGACGCAGGCCGACGAAAGCGACGAGGACGUGACGGCCGGCGAGCGACUCUUGGUGGACGACGAAGCUAGUCUGGAGGCGCUUGACCUGGCCUCGCCGCCUGCGCCAGAGAAACUGAGUCUGCGCGAGACGGCUUGGCUGAGCCUUGAAUUCUGCAUGCUGUGGUUCUUUGCCAACUACUUUGCCUCGGCCUGCUUGCAGUAUACAAGCGUUGGUAGCGUCACAAUCCUUACAUCGACCAGUAGCGUUUGGACGCUUGUCUUUUGCGCCUGGAUGAAGGUCGAUCCUUUUUCGGUCCGCAAGCUGAUCGGUGUCAUGGCCUCGCUCGCCGGCAUCAUCCUCAUCUCCUCGGUAGACUUGUCGGGCAAGGAUAAUGACGACAACCGCGGCAACUUCCCGCACAAGACACAGCAGCAGAUUGCCAUUGGUGAUUCCAUGGCGCUCGUCAGUGCCAUAGUCUACGGACUCUAUGUCACGGUGAUGAAGGUGCGGGUUGGCGAUGAAGAUCGGGUCAGCAUGCCGCUGUUCUUUGGCUUGGUUGGGAUCAUCAACGUUUUGACUCUCUGGCCAUUGUUUUUCAUCUUGCAUUUUACUGGCAUUGAACCGUUUGAGAUGCCACCAACGGGAAAAGUUUGGGCAAUCAUUUUGCUCAACUCCAUCUCGUCCUUCAUCAGCGACAUGUCAUGGGCUUAUGCCAUGUUGCUAACUACACCGCUGAUCGUCACAGUUGGUCUUUCUCUCACGAUACCACUUUCUCUGAUUGGUGAGAUGAUACAGUAUCAGCAAUUUUCUAGUUUCUUGUAUUGGGUGGGUGCGGGUAUCGUUCUGCUCUCUUUUCUCUUCAUCAAUCAUGAGAGUCACGAGGACGAUGAUGCGAAGAAGCCGUCUGCUCUGGAUUCGGACUCUCAACCGUUGCCCGCAUAA